AAAGGUGGGGACAGACCCUGUGGAUGUGAGUUGCCAUAACGGUAACACUCUCUUUCUUUGUGCUUCACUGCACACAGAGGAGCCACCAGCGCCAAGCUGUCUACGCUGGUUGUGGGAACAGGAGGCCAGCAGACUGGGCAGGGGUGCAGAGUAUGGAGGAAAGUUGGGAUGCUGGGCGCAGCUAACAUCCUGAGCUGUCUGUGCUCUUGACUUCUUUGUGGGCUCAAGAAAGAACCUCUCCACCUCAGGAUGAACCCUCCUUCGGGGCCAAGAGUCCCACCGGACCCAACCCAGGAGCUCAGCUGUGCAGCAACCCCAGCCUCACCCAGCAGGUGGGACAGCUCCCAAGGCAGCGUCUCCAGCCUGGACCAGCCUCUGCCCAUCAGUCCCACGGCAGCUGGGGAUCAGGCUUCUGCCUGGGUCCCCUUCCCCACGGUCAAUGUUCCAGACCAAGCCCACUAUACCCUAGGCACGGUGAUCUUGCUAGUGGGGCUCACGGCGAUGCUGGGAAACCUGACAGUCAUCUAUACCUUCUGCAGGAGCAGAGGACUCAGGACGCCUGCCAACAUGUUCAUUAUCAACCUCGCAGUCAGUGAUUUCCUCAUGUCCUUCACCCAGGCCCCCGUUGUCUUCGCCAGCAGCCUCUAUAAACGGUGGCUCUUUGGGGAGGCAGGAUGCGAGUUCUAUGCUUUCUGUGGAGCUCUCUUUGGCAUUACCUCCAUGAUUACCCUGACGGCCAUCGCCCUGGACCGAUACCUGGUGAUCACACGCCCACUAGCUGCCAUCGGGGUGGUGUCCAAGAGGCGGGCGGCGCUUGUCCUGCUAGGCGUCUGGCUCUACGCCCUGGCCUGGAGUCUUCCACCCUUCUUUGGCUGGAGUGCCUAUGUGCCUGAGGGGCUGCUGACCUCCUGCUCCUGGGACUACAUGAGCUUCACGCCGUCGGUCCGUGCCUACACCAUGCUGCUCUUCUGCUUCGUGUUCUUCCUCCCUCUGCUUGUCAUCAUCUACUGCUACAUCUUCAUCUUCAGGGCCAUCCGGGAGACAAGCCAGGCUCUCCAGACUUUUGGGGCCUGUGAGGGCCUCAGUGAGUUGCCCAGGCAACAGCAGCGGCUGCAGAGCGAGUGGAAAAUGGCCAAGAUUGUGCUGCUGGUCAUCCUUCUCUUCGUGCUCUCCUGGGCCCCCUACUCUACUGUGGCCCUGAUGGCCUUUGCUGGGUACUCGCAUGUCCUGACGCCCUACAUGAACUCAGUGCCAGCCAUCAUUGCCAAGGCCUCUGCCAUCCACAACCCCAUCAUUUAUGCCAUCACCCACCCCAAGUACAGAAUGGCCAUAGCCCAGCACCUGCCCUGCCUGGGAGUGCUGCUAGGUGUGUCAGGCCAGCGCACUGGUCCAUACACCAGCUACAUUUCCACCCACCGGUCCACACUGAGCAGCAGCCACACCUCGGACCUCAGCUGGAUCUCCAGACGGAGGCGCCAGGCGUCCCUGGGCUCUGAGAGCGAGGUGGGCUGGACAGACACGGAGGCAGCAGCUAUGUGGGGGGCUGCCCAGCAAGUGAGUGGCCCAUCACCCUGCAGCCUGGGCCUGGAGGAUGUGGAAACAAAGGUCUCUCCUAAGCCCCAGGGAUCUGAAGCAGAGGCUCCACUGAAGACCAAGGGACAGCUCCCUAGCCUGGACCCCAGGAUGUAGAGUAACCGAGGCUCUAUUUUUCUUCUGGGACAUAUCCUCCUCCUCACAAACCCUCACUCAUACAAACCCAGGAUUACCCCACGAGCCUGUCGGCUUUGGAAGUGGCCCUGUCACCCAUGGCAUGCUGGAUUCACGCUUCCAAAACAAGACUCCUGCCCUGCAAAGUGGUCUGCUCCCAAUUCUCAUCUCAGCAGCCUACACCCCAGGCUCAAACUGAAGAGUGGAGCCCAGGCGCUGCUGCUUCCCAGAGCCAUCUGCCUCUCCUCAAAUGCUGUGUGCUGUGAUUGUCCAGGCGAUGACAAUGGUGAUGGCUCUGUUGGACACACCAACUAUUUAUGAGCUGCAUCUGUACCCAGGCUGGGCAUUUCACUGGCAAAGGAGACUCGGUGCUGUGUCUCCUUCAGCCAGCAAUUGAAGCUGAGCACAGACCUUCAUGAGCUGGAAACUGUUACUCACCUCUGGCUGCUCCCUGCAGUGUACUGUUUCCACUUCGGCCCACACGUUUGUGCACAUGUAGAGUUGCAGGCACGCUCUCCCAUAUGUACAUAUUUGCAUGCAUACCAAGCACAUGUGUGCAUGCACUGCACCUGUGAUUUCUUGCAAAUUGGUGGUCUAA